AUGGGCCAUCGAUUGCUGCUCCUCGCCGUCGCGCUCGCAUCCGCAAGCGCACUCGCAUCAACCAAAAAAAAGGAGAAGAAGGCCACGGCGCCGGCGUCCUCCGAGCGCCAGGAGCUCUGCGAUUCCUGCAUGAAGCGGCGCAUGAAGCUGGCCGGUUCCCUCACCGUGUACGUGAUCGCCGCCGUCCAGAAGGGCAUCGACGUCGACCAGGCCACGUGGCUGAGCGUCGUCAAGGACGGCUGCGCCGGGUCGAGCGUCUGCGAGGCGACGAUCGUGAAACACCACGGGUCGCAGAUCGCGGAGGAGCUCGCGGACAUGGUCGAGGAGAUCGACGGCGACGCGUCGGACUCGCAGCUCACGGACCCGCGGACGCUGCCGGACCUGCUCUGCGCGCCGCGGUCCGUCACCGAGGCCUGCCCGGCGAAGCUCUACAAGCGGCCCGACCCGACGCCGCCGCGCGAGACCGUGUCCACGGCGUUCUGGAACGCGCGGAGCAAGCGGACCAAGGGCGGCGGCGACGUCGAGGUGCACCUCAUCAACGACAAGGAGACCAUGGACUGCGGCCCGACGGAGAAGGCGUCGCUCGCGGCGCGCUUCAAGGACCCGUCCGUGCGGCGCAUCAAGCCCGGCGAGGAGAAGCUCGUGUCCGUCGGCGUCGUCGCGAACGCGCAGGUCGCGCCGCCGACCCUGCGCGUCAAGCCCCUCGGCGCGCCCUGCGGCGACGGCGUCGACGUCGAGGUCGACUUCGCGAACCCGUGGCGGGUCUACGAGGUCACGACGAACAAGGCCUUCGAGGAGGAGUCGCCGCGGUCGCCGGCGAACCUCCCGCUCCUCACCUUGGCGCUGCUCUCGCGCCUGAGCCCGCGUCGCGUGGCGGCGAGCGACGAGCUGGUGGACAAGGGCGCGUUCAUGGCCGCCGUGGACGUCCUCAUGAGCGAGAGCGCCAAGGCCAGCGGCGCCGCGCCGCCGCGGCCGCUGGCGGAGGCGGAGGCCGCGGGCGAGGUCGCCUACGCCAUCGGCAAGACGACGGCGACGCUGCCCCUCUCCGAGGCGGAGGGGCUCGGCCUCGUCGAGGCGACGUACCUCGUCCUCGUCUCGGGCGUCACGCCGAAGCUGGCCGAGUCCGGCCUGCAGGUCAAGGACACCAUCACGAGCGUGUCGGUGGAGGGGACCGACCUCUUCGAGAGCACCCGGGCCAUGGACAUGGGAGCGACGGCGGAGCGGCUCACGGUCGCGAUCCAGACCGCGGAGGCCAAGGGCGUCGCGGAGAUCGGCCUCGAGCUGAAUCGGCUCGUGGAGCUGAACUCCGACAGCUCCGACGACGACAGCUCCGUCGCUGAGGCGGCGCCGCAGAAGCAGCCGCCGGCCGAAGCCGCCAAGGAGGAGUCGGCCGACGAGAGCGACAGCGACGACGACGAGCACGCACCCGCGCCGCAGCCGGAGAGCGACGACGAGCACGCACCCGCGCCGCAGCCGGAGAGCGACGACGACGACGGGCCGCGCGCGUUGGAACGGCCGCGCGCCUCCAAGGCGCAGGCGCACAUCCGCACGGUCUUCGUCGGGAACCUGCCCUUCGCCGCCACCGAGGCGCCGCUCUGCGACCUCUUCUUCCCCGGCGGCGAGGGCGCGGAGCACGAGGAGACGGACGUGGAAGUCAAGCGCGACGUCGAGUCGGGCAAGAGCCGCGGCUUCGCUGUAGUGACGCUGCCGGACGCGGACGCCUGCCUGGCCUUCGUGGACAAGUGGGCCGACGCCGACUUCGAGGGCCGGAAGCUCGUCGUCCGCCUCGAGCGCAAGGGCGUCAAGGCGCGGCCCGGCAAGCCGAAGCGCCGCCGCGACGACGCGGACGCCUCGGAGCCGGCGCCCGGGGACGCCGCCGCGCCGCCGCGCAAGGCCCGGAAGCGCCGCUCGAAGAACAUGUCCGACGCGCGCCGCGCGAAGAAGGAGGCGCGCGCGCAGCGCCUCGCCGAGGCCCGCGCGGCGGCGUAA